AUGUCGGACUUUAUCUACAACAGUGUGUCCACCGAGGAGUAUUAUUUCCCUCGCCUCAGACAUCUUGGAAAUCUAGUCCUGAACUCUGGCAGUGAUGUAGAGUCGGAGGCCGAAACCAUCAUUGCACCUCCCCAGACUGGCAAUCACGAGGAUGAUGCCCGUGACAUUUCGCACCAUGGCGUGGACAUCCCUACCCCCGUCAAUUCUUCUGUUGCGCCUCACACCAGCUCUCCGUGUCCUCCAGUCAUCUCUGAUGAAAAGCACUUGUGUGAUGCCAGUGAUACGUCGAGUCUUUACGACGGUCACUACAAGCAUGAUGCGUUCUCCUUUCCUCGGGGUGAGAAUAUGACUCGGACGCUCUGCUGCAAUGAUGCCUGUGAUGAAGGCACAUUGGGGGAAUACUACGACGCCGAUGAUGAGCUUAGCUCUGCCGACCUGAUGAGCGAAGUGGACCGGAUGAAAGCGAGCAUCGAGCUCCCGACCAAGGCGUUUUUCCAGUACAAGAUACUAACCAAACCGCUCUUGAAGAUGAUGUUCGUCUCUGGUGAGACCGCCGAACCAUCCAUCGAGACCACCACCCUGAUUGAGGACAUCACGCGAGAGCAAGUCCUCGAAAUCCUCAGUCGUGGCACGACCCUGGCCGGCCGACGUGGCUCCCGCGCAAUCUCGACAGAUGACCUGAUCUUCCUCAUCCGCCACGACAAGGCCAAGGUCUCCCGUCUCCGCACCUUCCUGUCCUGGAAGGACGUUCGUAAGAACGUCAAGGACUCCGACGAUAAGGGAGGUGCUGAUGCGGCUGACUUUGCUGCGGAUGAUGCGGCUGGUGCCGUUGCCGGGCCCUCGGACGUCGCCUCGAAGCCCAAGAACAAGCGGGCCAAGGUGGGCCUUGCCUGGGACGUCCACAGCUACUUCUCGGUCCAGGUCCCCGAGCGCGACGACGAGGAGGACGAGGAGGAGGAGGAGCAGAACUAUGCGACCCUCCAGCGUCUUGCCGCGGCCGAUGAGCGCACGAAGAACAUGACCAAGGAGGAGUACGUCUUCUGGUCGGAGUGCCGCCAGGCCUCCUUCACCUACCGCAAGAGCAAGCGGUUCCGCGAGUGGGCGGGCUUUGGAAUCGUCACCGAGUCCAAGCCGAACGACGACAUUGUGGACAUUCUCGGGUUCCUGACCUUUGAAAUUGUCCAGACCCUCACGGAGGAGGCGCUCAAGGUCAAGGAGCGAGAAGACCACGAGAAGAAUCGUGGUGGGGCUGACACCACCGGCGCUGACUCUAAGAAGCGCAAGCGUGAGACCGGUCUCUUCGACCCACCGGAGGAGGGACGUACCCCCAUUGAGCCUCGACACAUCCGUGAGGCCUAUCGCAAGCUCCAGGCCUCCCCCCAGAAGUCCAUUGCCAUGCUGCUGCACAAUGGCCGUGUGCCCGCCAAGUUGCCCCUGAAGCUGGUA